AUGAAAUCACUAACACUCAUAAUCACAUUAGCGACCAUCGUCCUAUCCACAGCACUUGAUCAAGAUGCCGAUACCUUCACCAAACUCCACCCCAUCAAAGUAGUCGGCAACAAGUUCUACAACACCGGAACCAACCAGCAAUUUUUCAUUAAAGGUAUCGCAUACCAAAAAUCCCGCGAAGAAGGCGAAGUGUUUGACACAACCACCGAAACCAACUACGUCGACCCCUUGGCCAACCCAUUCACGUGUUUGCGCGACUUGCAGUAUUUGAAAGAACUUGGUGUCAAUGUUGUGCGAAUUUAUCAAAUCAACCCGGUUGCCAACCAUGAUGUUUGUAUGGAUGCGUUUGCAGAAGCUGGUAUUUACAUCUUGGCUGAUUUGUCGGAGCCUUAUGUUUCCAUCAGACGGGAUUUCCCGAGGUGGGACACUGAGUUGUUGAUGCGGUACUUGUCGGUAGUUGAUGCUUUGGCGAAAUAUGAUAAUGUUUUAGGGUUUUUCGCAGGGAAUGAAGUGGCUAAUUCUCAACUGAAUGUCGAUGCUGUGCCCUUUGUCAGAAGUGCAGUUAGAGAUGUGAAGAAGCACAUUGCUGACCAAGGGUAUAGACAAAUACCAGUGGGGUAUGCGUCAAAUGACGAUGCGUCGAUCCGAGCAUAUUUGGCCAAUUAUUUCGUAUGUGACCUUUACUCCAAUGAUGUUGCGGACUACUCCAAGUCUGAUUUCUUUGCCAUUAACGUGUACGAGUGGUGCGGGUACUCUACUUACAUGACGUCGGGGUAUCGUGAAUUAACCGCUGUAUUUGCAAAUUAUCCAGCGCCGGUGUUUUUCAGUGAAUUUGGCUGCAAUAUUAUUACUCCGCGACCAUUUACUGAAGUUGAGGCAUUGUUUGGAUCAACCAUGAGGAAAACAUGGUCUGGUGGUAUUACAUACGAGUAUUUCGAAGAAGUUAACCACUACGGAGUAAUUCAGAAUAAAAAAGAUGGGACAAUUGCCAAAUUGCCUGAUUUUGAUACGUUGAAAACAAGAUUCAGUGCGGUGAAUCCUAUUGGUGUGCCAAUUGAUCAAGUUGAAGUACGUCCGGGAUUGACUUGCAAUGUGCCAUCAGAUAUUUGGAAAGUGUCGCUUGAGUUGCCCCCAACUCCUGAUUCCGGUAAGUGUGAGUGUUUGUUGCAAUCAUUGUCUUGUGUUGUGGUGGAUACUGGUUCAUUUGAUGAAGAAAGUCUACUCAAGGAUCUUUGUUUCAAAGUUGAUUGCGAAGAGAUUAAUGCAAAUGGGAAAUUGGGUAAAUACGGGAAAUACAGUGACUGUGAUCCGAUGAUACGAGCAUCUUAUGCAUUGAAUAAAUACUAUGAACAAACUGGUAAAAGACAAGAGAUAUGCACGUUUCAACGCCGCGGUGAAGUUGCAAGACUUGCAGUCGAUUUGAACACAAGGUUCUCCACCGAUGGUAGAAACUGCCAGUCUUUGUUAGACUCGAUUAAUCACAAAGAUGCUUUACCAGCUAUUGAACCAAGUGAAGAUGUUGAAGGAGUGGAGAUUGAUAAUGGAGAUGAGGCUGAGCCGGAAAUCAUCAUACCACCAGAGGACCAAAAAAAAUCAAAGUCCACCAAGUCACACAAGAGACCCAAGAGCAUCAGGACUAAACCCAUCACCAAAAAUCCACCAAAGAAACAAACAUCAAAUGCAUCUUCCUUAUCCCCACCAUUCAAACACCUUUUCCAAUACAUUUUAUCAGUAUUUAGUCCUUUUUAG